UUUCGAACAAGAGAACAACACAAAUCAGAUAGGCGGAACUCACCCCCUUCCAUCUUAACCCAAUUCGAUUAACGUAGUUCACGUCCGCAUUCGCCCAAACACACACACUCGAACGCUGGCACUGGCAGAUCACACAGAAUUAAUUCGCCUGGAUCACAGUUGCUCGCUUGUGCUGUGUUAACUCGGCUGAGUUGGAAUCUUUCGAAGGUUUUUUUGGCGCCGCAUGUGCCAUUUGGAGGAUUGAUUCUAGGGCUUCCUUGUUUUGAGCUGCGAUAAAUUGUUGAAUUUUGGGUCUGCAGAAGCUGGCUAUGGACUACGAGUCGUACGAUAGUAGUGGUCGGAACUGAUGAUGAUUUUCCCCCACCACAUGGUCCACAUCAGAAUAGAAUGUCAAGAGGUGGCCGCAUCUCUGGUAAUGGAAGGCCUGCAGCCAUGGGUUCUCUCCCGUACCCUAGAAUGUAUGAUGAGACUGAUAUGCAAGCUAAAAUUCACCAGCUUGAGCAAGAAGCAUACAGUUCAGUUCUAAGAGCCUUUAAAGCUCAAGAUGAUGCCCUUUCUUGGGAUAAGGAAGGUUUAAUAACUGAGCUUAGGAAAGAGUUAAGAUUAUCAAAUGAGGAGCACAGGGAUAUCCUCAGCAGGGUUAAUGCAGAUGAGACAAUCAGAAAAAUAAGGGAGUGGAGACAAUCUGGUGGGCUUCGACCAGGCGCUCAUGGUGCCAGUCAAGCCGUCCAUGAGGCAGUGCCGAGUCCUUCUGUCUCAGCUUCUCGUAAAAAACAGAAGAUUGCCCCAUCAUUGCCUUCUCAAUCCUUUGGUGGGCCAUCUCCUUUCAACACACAGCCAGUGGCUGCUGCUAACCAGCCAUCCUCAUCAGCCGCAAAGCGUGGACAGAUGAUGGGGCCAAAAGGCAAAAAGCACAAAUCUAUACCCCCAGGCUCAUCUUCAAUGAAAAUGCAGUAUCCACCUGGUCCAGCUGGAAGAGGUCAGUUUGGUAACCGCAUUUCUUCUGGUGGCCUUACAAAUCAACCUGCACAAGGAGGUUCGUUUGAUCCAUUGGUUGGAAGGAAAGUAAGGACCAGAUGGCCUGACGAUAAUAAUUUCUAUGAAGCUUUGAUAACUGACUAUAAUCCAGUUGAGGGUCGACAUGCUCUUGUUUAUGACAUAGGUACUGAAAAUGAAACUUGGGAAUGGGUGAACCUGUCUGAGAUUUCUCCAGAGGAUAUACAGUGGGAAGGUGAAGACCCGGGAAUUUCUCGUCAUGGAGGCUAUGGUGGGCCAGCCCAUGGAACGAGCCGACCUCUUGCUCGAGAUAAUCCUCCGGGUUCUGGAAGAGGGAGGGGACUAGCAAAAGGUCAAUCCAGGAAGGACUUUCCACCAUCGCAGAAUGGCAUUGGAAAGAAGGGACCUAACGACAUUCAGUUGCUCCAUACUGAUACUCUAAUCAAGGAGGUGGAGAGGGUUUUUGGUGCUACCCACCCUGACCCUGUGGAGAUAGAGAAGGCAAAGAAAGUGCUGAAGGAGCAAGAGCUAGCACUUACUGAUGCUCUUGCAAGGCUUGCAGACUUAUCGGAUGGUGAAAGUGACGAGGGUGGUCGCUUCUUACAUGGGCAAGCAAUGGACAGAGGUUAACUAUGCAAUAGCAAACAUCUAGGGUCGGUAGAUAGGGGGAAGGAUGUAAGAUAGUGUGGCAGUUAGUGCUGGAGUCAGGAGCCUGUAUCUACUAACUAUAUCUCAUCAUGGAAAGUACAGAUUGAUUUAGAAUUGUUGUAUUAUGCCAAAUCCAGUUACAUUCCCUUUAACUUCUUGAUUGCUUUAGUUCAGUAAUUUAGCAUAUAGACCAAACUAUAGGUGGAUGGAUGGAUGGAUGGAUUGUUUUGUCCUUUUAAGUUAGUGUUUUUGUAAAAUAUCUAGUGUUGACAAUAGCAUGUUGUUCAUGUAAAUCAAUUUUGUUCCUGUGGGCUAUUAUUAUAUGUAGGUUUUGGUCUUGGAUUUUA